UUAUUAACUGAUAUCCCAAAUGGGGGUAAAUAUUCUAGCCGUUAUUUGAAGUUACGCUUUGUUCCAGUUUGAUUAAUUAAAAGAAAAAUCGUUAGGCACUUUAUAGACGUAAAGAGAAACAGGACUUGUUUGCUGCGAAUUCAAAAUGUUUUGCCAUGUAGACUUUCCUAAGAAAUUUGUCAAUGUGCUGUGUUGCUGGGCAAGUGAAACUUCAACCACAAGUGGCCCAAGUUCGGAAAUGAGCGGUUACAUUCUUAAGCCUAAAAAUACGUCUUCGAAGGAGUAUGAAUAAGAACAACCCUACUUGAUUUUCCCAUACAGAUCAUUAUAUUUCGACUGUUGCGUAACAUAAGUCCUUUUAUACGUUUCCGAGUUUGGACCGCCUGUACUUCAACUGCAGUUUUGAACGUUAUCCAUUGUUUUCGUCAGGGAAAUAUCCCUUUUCACGGUUUGUAACGCCAUCUUGUUUCGGGGGCAAACACAGCAAAAAUUACAGUGAAUGUACGGGGAGAAAAGCGAAUCUAAUGUCUAUCAACUCACGGAAAAAUUGAGCUCUGAAGUGUUUUUAAAACAUUUUAAAAACUUUUUCCAUACGUUUGCUGCGAUUUUUGCUGUAUUUGCCGCCCCCAUCCAAGCAAGAUGGCAUCAAAAACGGUGAAAACGUCUAUUAAUUCUCUCAGUAUUCAUGGCAUGCUUGUGGAAACACUUGUAAUUAGUCCACCCGAAGUUUAAUUAAUCUGAAACGAAAUACCUGAGAUAAUUCUAGCCACGAGUCUAAUGAUGUAUCCUCAAUUCAUUUCAGCCACUCGAGAAACAGCUUUCCUUCACGCUAUCAGCUCAGCCGCCAUUACACACGAGUUCACUCACCAGUGCAGCCAGAACAGAGUACCCGGAUGUAAGUGCGGCAAGACAAGAAAACAACCAAAAACAAACAGCGGAUGGCAAUGGGGAGGCUGCAGCGAUGACAUCAAGUUUGGAGAGAAGGAGACGAGACGCUUUAUUGACAAACUGGAGAAAGGAAACGACGGUCGUACAGCAUUUAACCUGCAUAAUAACGAAGUAGGAAGAAAGGUUGUUCGAGCAAGCCUCAGGAAAGUAUGCAAGUGUCAUGGCGUCACCGGAGGUUGUAAUUUGAAAACCUGCUGGAAGCAACUGGCCCCCUUUAACGUGAUUGGAUCAGAACUAAAACGGAAAUACAGCUCAGCUGUCCGUGUAUCAUUCCUGAACAACAAGCUUCACAAACGAGACAACAAACGAGACAGACUGGUGACUAAAAAAGAAAAGAAGCUGGUCUAUCUCGACUCUUCCCCAGACUACUGUGUACGGAACGCGACCGCCGGCUCGCCUGGAAUGCUGGGAAGGACAUGCCAAGGUGAAAAUUCAUCCUCUGAGGAAUGCAGGUCUCUUUGUAACUCUUGUAAUCUGCGACACCGAACAGUAGAACAUAAGAAGCAAGUCAAGUGUAGAUGUAAGUUCGUGUGGUGCUGUACUGUUAAGUGUAAGGUUUGCACCGUGAAGUUUUCGCUCACAACUUGUGUGUAAUAUAGGUUAGGAUAAAAACCGUUUCACUUAUCACUUCUAUAGUUCAUUAAGUUACAGUUUGAUUCAAGCUCCUUUCAGAAUCUUGGGCGAAAUAUUAAUGCUAUUUUUUAGACUCGUUUUUACACGGUUAAAGGUUUUUGUGGAUAGUUCUUCAGUAAGACAAAGUAGCUUUGAAAUUGGAUGUAUUGUGUGACCUAGUCACUAAGCGGUAAUUUUAACAAGUUUUAUCAUUGAUGUACUAAGUUAUUUUCGCGAUAAUAAAACAUGUAAGGUGGUCUAUUUGUUUUUUCUUUUUAUGUGCGGUGGGGAAUAUUUCGGGUUUACCUGUUAGUUUGCCCUCAAUUUACCCCAACCAAGGCCCAGACCUUCCCCACUAUUAAAUUCAAGCCGGGAAUUCAAGGAAGCAUGUGAACUGGGUUCAAAAUCAAACUAUCCUUUUGGAGAGACGAACAAAAGACGUUUCCCGAAAGAACAGAGUAGUGAAAAUUCAUACUUAUCUUUUUCUGGUUAUGCAUACAGUGUUUGAAGGCGUCUCCAUCUCGCCACAAUUCGUUUAUGUUCGAAGCUAAUUUUAAUUGAUGUAACCGUACUUUCCAUCGAUUUGUAGAGGUUGUCUCCGUGGCGCAAUCGGUUAGCGCGUUCGGCUGUUAACCGAAAGGUUGGUGGUUCAAGCCCACCCGGGGACGACUUUUUUUUCUGCACAAAAGUGUGAUUCAAUACAGAUAUGAAGUGCUUUAAAUCAAAAUAUUUUGAAUUUCAAUAAUUAUUUUAUAAUUAUUCUGGCGUCGAUUUCACUAGUUUCACCAGUGUUUCCUGUGUAUUUCUCAAUACGUCCUCACUUCUUAAAGGUUCCAAACGUUACUUCUUAAACUAAAUCGUGUGUCCCCAUGUCAGCUAUAGUGGCGCCGUGUGUUCAGUCGUAUAUUGUCGACGUUUCUUGUUUUUCCCCAUGUGUUCCCUCGUUUUCCAUGGUGCGUUCCCUCUGCCCUAAAUCAAGAGUUCCUUGCGCGUUUUUCCCGUCCGUUUCCUCGGGAUUUCCGAGCGUUUCACUGGCCCGUCAUGUCCUUUCUCUUGCGCACCCACUUGCUCCCUGAGCGAACUCCAUUGCGUUCUCGGUCUUCUCGUUUGUAUUUUGCUAGUGAGAUCACUGUUUGCUUCUUCUUUCCUUCCUAACCCUAACACUCGAACUAAUCCAGGGCAAGUUGCCAACACAGU